UAGUAGGAUAAUCAUCGACGGAGUAGUGGCCGGUUUAUUUUUAUUGUUCGUGGUGUCGGAAUAAUCGAAAUUUGUGAAAUUUAAAUAAAUAUCAUAUUCUACCGAAUAUAUUUAUUAGUAGUUUAUGGACUGGAAGAAAAAUAAACUUUUUCAAGAUUUUGGUAAUUGCGCACAAACUGCUGAAUAAAAAGAGCGAAUUUUCAGUGGAAAUACUUUGUUGGUAAACAAAGGAUUGUGUAUUCCAUAAUGUGGUCUCAUCUACAACGGGGUAGCUCGCCCGUAGAUUGGUGCGAAUCUAAUUACUCUAUAUCUCCUGUGAUCGCCGAGUUUGUUAACACGGUUAGCAACGUCUUGUUUUUCCUGUUUCCACCGGUUCUGAUACAUUUGUUCCAAGAGUAUGCAAAGUUUGUUAAUCCAGCAAUAAAUUUACUAUGGAUUAUGCUGAUGGUGGUGGGGCUGAGCUCGGCCUAUUUUCAUGCGACGCUCAGUUUAGUUGGUCAACUACUGGAUGAGAUAGCCAUACUGUGGGUGUUUAUUGCCACUUUUGCUAUGUUUCUGCCAAGAAGAUAUUUUCCCAAAUUCUUAGGAGGUAACAGAAAAAUGCUAGCAUUGUACGCGUGCGUCUUCUCAGUCGUUGCGACAGGGUUCCUGCUGAUGUAUCCAUUCGCGAACGCCUUUGCUCUGAUGGCUCUCGUCGUGCCCAGUCUAAUGUUCAUGUACAAGGAGUUGUUAAGAGUAAAAUGCUCGCGCGUGUACCGCCUAGGGUUGCGCAGCAUGGCUGUCUGCUUCCUAGCCCUCUUCUGCUGGAUCAUCGACCGUCUCUUCUGCGACGCCUGGCUCUCCAUCGACUUCCCCUACAUGCACGGAGUAUGGCACAUCCUUAGCUUCAUCGCGACCUACACAUCCUUCGUAGUGUUCGCAUAUUUCAAUGUCUCCGAGGAAAACCCGGACCAGAAACCUGUGCUCAAGUAUUGGCCCAGUAACGACUUCGAGUUGGGUAUUCCGUACAUAUCUGUCAAACGUCCGUGUAAGAAAGAUGAAGAUUUGGCCAUAUAAAAUGCUCCCUUACUGUUUUUAAUAAGUAGGUACGGGCAUAAUGACACGUUCACAUUAGGCUACCUUGUUCCGUAUUGUUGGUUUAUUGUAGUACCUUAGUAUCUGUAGUACUGAUGUGCCGACGGAAAGUUUCCAAAAUUCUGAAAUUUUCACAUAGGAAAACUUCGGAAACUUACCAUACUUUGUAUCUAUCGAUGGAAAUUUCGAUUUCAUAAAUUAAAAUUCCCUUUAUUUUUCAUGAAAGUUUCGUGAAUUUUUCAAGUAAGAAUUUUUCAUCACUAAUCUGUAGUGCUGGCUGACCGUAACCGAAACCGUACGAGAGCCUAAUGUGCACAUGCCCUAAAUGAGUCGCUAAAAUAUGUGAUAUGUGAGAGUGAAUUAGAUUGUAAAUCUUAAUGAUAUUUAUUUAGCUAACCACUGUUGCUGUAAAACAAAUGCAGCAGGCUAAGCAUAGCAAUAAAAUUUUUAUUUAAUUUGACUACCUAUUACCGUGAAAUUUAAUUUUAUUUACUUUAUCUAUAAACUUUUUGAACACAUGUCUGGCCCAUCAACACAUUUUUAUUCGAUACUGUAUACGUACCUAUAUCAAUCCACAAAUUGUUAAACAUAUAAUUCAAGUUCUGAUUGAAUAAAGGGGUAAAUAUUUAAUUUACCCCUUUAUUCAUAAACGUUCACUAAAGUUAUCAAGCCGAUAAAGUUCGUUUG